AUGGCAGCAUUCGGUCGUACAGACUCGCCCGUCGUCACCAUCCCACCCCAUUCUGCUCAUCAAGCCCACCUGAGCGGACCAUACUUCCCCCAGCCGGCGUUCCACAAUCACGCCUCGUGGACCCAGAACUUGGCACAGAACCCUCCAGAGAUUCGAAGGGGCCGCAAGCGAUCCAGAGAUGAGGCCGCCGUGAACUUGGACUCGCCGGAAAAAGCACCUCCACCAGUCGAGCCCGUCAAAGAAGACGAAGACGAAUGGGAGUACGGCCCGGGCAUGAUUCUCAUCAAGAAGAAAACCGGAUACGUGCCCGACGCGAGCAGUCAAUCUGGCACCUGGGUCGAGGAAAAAGCAGCCGAAGACGCAGUUCGGAAGACCGAGGAGGCUCUUCUCGACCAACAGCGCCAGGCGCAGGAUAGACCGUCGCUACGCAGCCACAAGUCCUCAAGGCUCGACGUCACUGCAAGCCUGCCUGCUACCGAGCUUCCUGUCAACCGAUCCAGCCCUGGACGCGACAUGGCCGACCCCUCAGCCCAUACGACCUCGGACACGGCGGCUCAGCCCGUUGUCGAUGAUUUCACUCUUCAUCUCGGUAUCGGAUGGAGCCGGAUUAGCGACAGCGAGCAUAUUCAGGCUGCCGCUCGUGGAUGGGCUCGAUACAUUGAGAAUCACUUCCCCGUCAACGAUGUCAAGAUACUGUUGGAGAGCAAAGGUCUCGAGUCGUAUCUCGUCGAGGCCGCGGAGGGCUAUUUCCUCUUUGCUGAGAACCUACGCCAAGGUCGCCUCGUCAGCAAGGAUGCACAACACGCUCUCCAAAACCUUCGCUGCUCGCCACCCGUCUUUGAGGGCGCCCACACGAUGGAGGCUGCCGAAUCGCCAAAACCCGUGACUGACGCCGAUGUUGGCACGGCACCCAUCUCGGUUGUGUCGGCGGGCGUGGCAACCACCACUCCUCAUCAUGAGGUGGAAAUGGAGAUGAGCUAA